CUUGGAAGGUUAUUGCUGACGUCUUGAAGGUUAUACAGCAAAAUUAGAUACAAGGAAAAGCAACUCUCGUUACGUGAAUAGUAUUAAAUUAGGCAACCCAUUUGCUGUACUCAGAUUGAAGUGAGACAGUUAACACCUGCAGACUGCUUCAGCAGUCCUUCACUAGGUAAAAAUGGGAGUGGGCCAAGUCAUCACACUCUUCACUACAAGUUUUGGGGUGCUACCUGAGAAAAAAAUCCCAGUCACCCUAGCCUUAAAAUGUCAGGGAGAGAGCUUGAACUAAAUUCACCACAAGAAAAUGCAAGGCUUCGACAUAUGAAAAAAAUGGACGCUCUGCUAAAUAUGUUUGUUCGGCUUCCAGAAGCAGACCAGAAACUCUUUACACAUGGAUCAUAUUUCCUGGGAAUAAAUGGAGGCUUUUGUGGUUUAAUAGCAAACAGUUUUUUCAGACGCAUCCUAAAUGUGACAGAGGCUCGGAUUGCCUCUAGUUUGCCAAUGGCUGUUCUUCCAUUCCUUACAACAGCAGCAAUUUACCACAGUGCUGUAACUCAACCUUUAAUUUCAGGUGAUCUAAUGUGUGCAACCUGUGCCAUAGUAAGAGGAGGAUUAAUUGGGUCUGUUAUAGGUGGUCUAUAUCCCAUUUUCUUGGCCAUUCCUAUAAAUGCAGGACUUGCAGCCAGGUACAGCUCAGCUCCAUUGCCUGGCAAAGAGAAUAUGUUACGCUUCUGGAUUAAAGUCUCUCAACCAGUCUUUAAGAAGAUGAGUUUUGCUAUCCUUCUGCAGGCUGCAUUUGGAAUUUACCUCAGCUCAAGACAGUACGGAAUAUUUACGAAAAUGCUCCAGUUGCCUGAAGAAAGCAGCAAUCCUGAAGAACUCAAAGAUUAAAACUAAAAAAUACACAAGUCCCUCUAAUGCUUGUGUGGGUUACCAUAAUAAACCAUGAAAUUAAACAAGGCAAGGAA